AUAAAUUCAACGACUUCAGAGCAAAGAAGCAGAGAAUUGCCUGAGUCGGUAUAACUAGCACUGAAAAAAGAAACCAUGAACUGCAGAACUACCUUCAGUGUAUUAACUGUCCUGAUGCUUUCUGGACUUUUGUCAGAUGCCCGAGUCAUUGGUGUGGUGAAAAUGGAUCUGCGCUGUAAAUGCAUCAGAUCCACAGCUGACUUCAUCUCCCCAAGGCACAUGAAGGAGAUUGAAAUCAUACCUUGUGGUCCACACUGUCCCCAAGUUGAAAUUAUUGCAACUCUUAAAAAAGGAAGACAGACCUGUUUGGAUCCAAGUGCACCUUGGGUGAAGAAGAUGGUGAAGAAGAUUUCUCAACGAAAAGAAGAUUGUUGAGAAAAGAUGGACAAGCCUAUUCAAAGUUAAUUAACAACACCUGCUACAUUUUCGUUAACUCUGGCAGUUACAUUGGUUGAGCCUUUCCUGAUCAUACUGUUUGAAGUGGUGCCUAUUAUGGGUGCUAAAACCUGGUUGAAAUUGAAAUGUGCAGUUCAUUUCUUAUCUUGACAGGUCAAGCACUGUGAAUAAUUUACUUGCACUGGCAGCCUUACCCCGAUUGCUGGUGGGCACUUGUUCACAAGCCCCACCUUUUGCCUACUGCUCCACUUCAGAGCUUGAGAAACCCUUUAUAUAAUUAGAGUUUCUGGAUUCUUAGUGCGAAGUGAAUUGGUGAGAGGGAGCACAGGGUCAGUAUUGACAGAGAACUCACACUGUUCACAAUUACACUAGUGCAAGUCCUACUUGUGUCAUUAUUUCAUAUGACCAGGUUCAUGUGUACUUUAAGAAUAUUUACUUCAUCAUUGAACUUUGCAUCUCAGUUUCCAUUCUUGUUAUUUAUAUGCUUAGAAUUACCUCAACAGAGUUACGAUACUGUACUGUACAUAUUGGAAUAAUAAGUUAUCAUGGUGGAGGUGUUAGCAUAGUAAGAUCUGCAGCUCACACUAUCCAUCCUGUCCAGUGUUGUUUUUUGUGUUUAGAUUAUUCUCCAUAAUUAUGUUGGUACUGAGUUGACAGUUGCAGUGGGUUAUAUUACUUAAGGGUAUUACACACUUGUGGUCAGGUCAGUAACCUGAGGGCCAUUAUUUACUUUAGAACACAGAAAGAUCAAGUGAUAUUAGUCUAUUCCAAGUAUGAACAAUCUAUGAAGCUGCAUCUUCCGGUCGGCAAGCAGGGUGGGGGCAGGGCCUGCUCACCGACACGUAAAAUGUCGCGGGGUGACGUCGGGCGAGCGUCCUGACAUCACCCAACAUCUUUUACAUUUUCAGGUCGGCGGGCACGCAGCUGACUCGGCUGCACGCCCACCGACCUGUUAACGGCCACUUAAGGUCAUUAAUAAAGUAAUCGAAUCAGUCAAUGGACCUGCCCAUCCAACUUUAAGGUUGGCAGGCAGGCCAGGAGCCCAGGCGGGCUUCCGAAGAAACAUGCAACCUCAUCCAUGGGAGGUUAUUAAAAUUUGUAUUAAAUGCCUAAGUAAAA